AUGAAGCUUUGCAAGAUGGAGAUCAUGAAACAUCUAUUUCUAUUAAUUUUGUUCACCACGGCGGCUAUAAAAUGCUAUUACCUUAACCCUGAAACGAGCUUUACUAACGAAAUUAGCAACUCUAACAACAGAUUGACAAUUGAGAAUAAUUAUGAUACUGUUACGGAAACGGAUAUUCCUAAGCCGGCUGUAAGCAAAGCGAGGUUGUCGGAAUUCAAAAAAACUUGUGAUGCUACAAAUGCCUCGCAUGCAGAUGAGGACGCAACAACCCCGGCGAAUAUUCUAGAUUCUAUUUACGUUAAUAAUAUAUAUACCAGUGUGACAACUAAUCUCAUAGAAGAAAGAGUUUCCAGUGAUAGUAUUGAGGAUGACGGGGUCAGUCUAUUUCAUCUAGUUAACGUUGAAUGCGGUGGUUAUGAAGCCUGUCCUAGCUACAGUCGGAACUGGACCAUUGAGGGAACAAUUACUAUCGGAUUCCUGGGAAGUUACCGACGAAGCCAGACGGUGCUGGGUGCCUUGCCUUUAGCUGUGGCGGCUGUGAACAGAGAGCCUGCGCUACUGCCAGGACUACGAUUAAGGUUUGUAGCGGCAGACAUAGGACGCCCACGGCCGCCCCUGUUCAUGGAUAAAGACAGCUUUUCGUUGAGGGUAAUGACGCAAAUGCGAGAUCUCGGUGUUUCCGCAUUUUUCGGACCUGACGGAACAUGCCACACUGAAGCCAAGCUAGCUGCUGCUUGGAACUUGCCUCUUAUUUCUCAUAAAUGUACAGGAGCCCAUAGUCCGAUCGACGAGAAAGGAUCAGCUCUCGGGGCCACGUUCGCUAGGACCCUGCCCCCUGCGUACAAGGUCAGCAAGUCGCUGGUAUCUCUACUGAAAGCCUUUGGCUGGACCAAAUUUACUGUGGUUGCCGGAGAUGACAAUACACCUGCUGCUCAACAGUUGGAUGCUCUCAAGGAACUGGCUCGAGCUAACAGUCUCACGGUGACAGAAGAACGUCGCUUUGCCGACUACAUACCACGGCAUAUCUCUAAAAUGGAGAAGAUCGUUGACGAAACCUUCUCACAGACAAGAGUAUACGUGUUCCUGGGCGAACACAUAGCGCUUGUCGACUUCGUAAACGUGCUGGAGAAACGGGGAUUGCUCGCUACAGGAAACUAUGCAGUUGUCGCUGUCGACGAUGAGAUCUAUGACCCUAACACCACAGCCGUGACUUAUGCUGAUCAUCUCGGAAAAAACCGCACCAACGACAUAACUGCGUUCAGGUCUGUCCUGAGACUCACGCCUUCGUUCCCAACGAAUCCUCAUUACGAGAUCCUUUGUCAAAUGAUCAAGGAGCUCUCGGCCGCGCCACCAUUCUGCGUUCCGAACUAUCACAAGAUCUUCGAAGAUGCCUCGGUUCCUAUAGAGGCGGCCCAUCUAUACGAUGCGGUCACGCUAUGGGCACGCGCCAUCACAGCCGCUAUGAGGGCAGGCCUAUCCCACACUGACGGAGCUACCAUCAUGAAGUUACUGCGACCCACCACUUAUCGUUCAGUGCAGGGGUUUGAUGUUAACAUGGACUCCGCCGGCGAUGCAGAGGGUAAUUAUACCGUCAUCGGUCUUGUGGAGGAUUCCACUGCUCUCGCGGGGUGGAGCGCGCAGCCUGUCGCCACGUUCAGAUAUGUGAACAGUACUGACGUGUUACCCGAACUAGUUGGAGCAUCGAACAUAGUCUGGAUAGGAGGCAGCCCCCCACUCGCCGAGCCCCCCUGUGGGUUCGAUGGAAAGAAGUGCUCUCUAUCCCACAACCCCGUAUUCAUCAUAGCUGCCAGCGCUGCAUCUUGUGCAGCACUCCUCGCAGCGGCUCUGCUAAUACGACAUUACAGAUACGAGCAGAAACUGGCUUCGGUGCUGUGGAGGAUUGAGGCCAAAGAUUUAACGUUUAUUUCAACACAGAAUGGACACAUUGCCAAGUCUCAUCAAGGAGUGGAAGCAGGACGUUCUCACACAACGAUAGCUGUGUAUCGCUCCAACAUCGUUGCCGUCAAACGACUGCAGAAAAAGAGUAUAGACGUCACAAGAGCCAUCAAGAAGGAGUUGCAACAGAUACGCGAGCUCCGUCACGAAAACUUGGUUGCCUUCGUCGGGGUCUGCGUCGAAGCUGGUUCCUCCUGCAUCGUCUCAGCGUACUGUUCAAGGGGGUCUUUGUCGAGGGUCCUGGCCGACCGAGAUCUGCGCUUGGACGACAUGUUCGUUGCCAGUCUUGUAGCGGACUUACUCCGAGGCCUCAUGUACUUGCACGACUCGCCUCUGAUAUCACACGGGAACCUGACGUCCAGCAAUUGCUUGGUGGACAGCCGAUGGGUGCUGCAAAUCGCUGAUUAUGGACUCCAUGUAUUAAAAAGUGGUUGUAUAGACCAAGAAGACGCAUUGCUCAUGGAACGCCGGAUGCUGUGGAGAGCUCCAGAACUUCUCCGGGACCCAGAACCACCACCGCGAGGCUCGCAGAAAGGAGACGUCUACUCUUUCGGCAUCAUCUUGUACGAAAUACUUGGUCGGAAAGGGCCCUGGGGAGAUACGGAUCUUACCAACGCUGAAAUUAUUGGGCGCGUACGACAUCCUAUCGGAGGAGUUUUGUUCCGCCCGCCCCUCAAUGGAGUCGCUACACGACCGUCGGUGCUUGCCGUACUCAAAGCCUGCUGGAGCGAGAUACCUGACCGCAGACCAGAUCUCAGGCUAGUGAGACUACGUUUGAAGGACAUGCAAGCUGGAAUGAAAACGAACAUAUUCGACAACAUGCUCGCCAUGAUGGAGAGGUACGCUUCGAACUUGGAGACUCUGGUCGCGGCCCGCACGGAACAACUCGCGCAAGAGAAGAAGAAGAUCGAUGACUUGCUGAACAGAAUGCUACCCAGGACCAUCGCGGACGCUGUGAAACGCGGCGAAAGAGUAAAGGCAGAGAGUUACAAAUGCGUCACCAUUUACUUCAGCGAUAUCGUCGGCUUCACCAAAAUGGCGGCCACUAACACGCCAAUGAAGAUUGUCGAGAUUUUAAACGACCUCUACACGUGCUGCGACGAAAUAAUAUCCUACUACAAUGUUUUUAAGGUGGAAACAAUAGGAGAUGCAUACAUGGUUGUGGGAGGUCUACCAGAACGCUAUUCGAGACAUGCCGCCGAAGUGGCCUCGCUCGCAUUACACGUGCUGGAAGCGGUCCCGAAAAUAAGAAUGAGGAGAAUUCCAACUGAAAGGCUUCAUAUCAGGAUCGGUAUUCACAGUGGUCCGUGCGCUGCCGGAGUGGUAGGAAUCAAGAUGCCUCGAUACUGCCUCUUCGGGGAUACAGUAAACACGGCGUCUCUAAUGGAAUCCACCGGAGAACCUGAAAGGAUACACAUCAGCAACGAUACAUAUCUGCUCUUGAAGCAGGCCGGCGGAUACCACUUCAGAGAACGUGGCGUUAUAGAUGUCAAGGACAAAGGAGAGAUGAAGACGUGGUGGCUGAUUGGGGAGGAUCACGACAGGAGGAGGAAUUAUUUGAGAUUUCAACCAGGUCUAGAGCCCUACACGGAUGACCCGGAGCCCUGGCUGGGACCGACUCGUUCCGUGAUCAGUAUCCGCGACCGAGCCCGGCUGUCGUGUGGCAGCUCGGCGGGCCCGCUCUCCUCCGUGUCGUCCCCCGGUCCCCCAACAUGCGCGUGCUUCGUGUCCCUCCGUGACCGCCACUCGGCCCCCGCCGUCUCGUUCCGCGAAUAACGCUUAGACAACAACGCCAAUAUUAGCGUCAAUGUAGAUUCUAACGACACCAAGGUUUCGGGUGGCAACGAUUUUUACAAGAUACAUUGUGAGUCUGUCAUUAAUGUUUGUGAUGACGUAGCGAUGAGAGCUAGGACGCUGGCCGCUUUCAAACGUUUGUACUGUACCGAAUAUGAAGGUGCUUUGCUUUAAUGUAUGUCAAUGAAGUUUAGGUUAUAUGUGUCUUUUAAAAUGUCUUACAACUAUAGUAGAAUUAUUUUGUCCGUGCAGUUUGGGUCAUAAAACAUAGCCCGGCUAGGGCGGUGAGCAUGUUCCGCUGGCG